GCCGUCCCGGCUAUACAAGAGCUGAAAGACGUUGGAAGGACUUAAGCGAAGUGCAGAGGCAGAGGGGCUAUUGUGACUUUUAGUUUAAUUAAAGUUUGGUGUAUCUGCGAGUGACUUGUAGAGCCCAGUUUUAAAUCUCAGAUUAAUUUCGGAAAAGACUGAAGGACUUCUAUAGGUAGGGAGAUAUAGACGAAGGGAAACAGUUCCUGGUGCUUCCCUGAACGAAGCUGACCCCCUAAAGGGGUGUUUGACCGGGACCCCCAAUGAAGACACCCAUAGCAGCGGCCAAAAUGAUGCAGCCGGCGGUUCUCAAGGUAGCAAUCUCUUUAAUGCUAAUUGCAGUAUGUGUUGCCAAAGCCAACAAAAACUUAGAGUUUAGAAAGGGACCCGUCGCAGCAUCAGCAGAAGAUGUUGGGCUUUCAACUAAAAAGGUUCCAAGUGGUUUAUUACCUCUGAACCGUUCAUCUAAAGCCUCUCCACAAGAUCUAAAAAUACAAGAUGUUGACAGUUUGGAAGAAAAUCUUGCUAGUGACGUCCUCAAAAGACUCAAGAGAAAACUGGAAAAGAAAAUUGAUGGUAAGACUGACCGAAUAGCAAAAGAGUCAGAAUUAAUAGAUACCUUUGGUGAUGUUCCAUCUCAAAUGUCUAUUGAUCAUCACUCUCCAGCUCUGACUCACUCCAAACGUGAUGCUCCACUACAUUCUUCUGCUCAUCCAUCGUCUGCUCACCCUGUCCAUGCAGUUCUUACGCACCAUUCAGCUCCUCAUCCUACAGCUUAUGCUGUUUCACCAGGGUAUUCUUACACACCCCCGUAUGGUGCCCCGCAGUUAUCAUAUGGAGUGACUCCCCAUUAUGGCAUCACUCCAACCUAUGGUCUCCCCCAGCAGUACAAUGACCCAUUCUCAGCUGCAUAUUAUCCAUCACCUCAUGUUGGUUAUGUUUCCCCAACACCUUAUGUAUUGAAUCCUUAUGGUUCGUCUUUGCCAGAGCCUGAAUACAAAGCACCAGCAGCAGAUUACAAAGCCCCUGAGCCAGCAUACAAAGCUCCUGAACCAGCAUAUAUAGCCCCAGAGCCAGAAUAUAAAGCCCCUGAACCAGCAUACAAAGCCCCUGAGCCAGCAUAUAAAGCUCCUGAACCAACAUAUAAAGCCCCUGAACCAGCAUAUAAAGCUCCUGAACCAGCAUACAAAGCCCCUGAACCAGCAUAUAAAGCUCCUGAACCAACAUAUAAAGCCCCUGAACCAGCAUACAAAGCCCCUGAACCAGCAUACAAAGCCCCUGAACCAGCAUAUAAAGCCCCUGAACCAACUUAUAAAGCCCCUGAACCAGCAUACAAAGCCCCUGAACCAACUUAUAAAGCCCCUGAACCAGCAUACAAAGCCCCUGAACCAGCAUACAAAUAUCCUGAACCAGCAUACAAAGCCCCAGAACCAGCUUACAAAGCGCCAGAACCAGCUUACAAAGCCCCAGAACCAGCUUACAAAGCCCCAGAACCAGCUUACAAAGCCCCUGAACCAACUUAUAAAGCCCCUGAGCCAGCAUACAAAUAUCCUGAACCAUCAUUUACAAAAAGCCCCAAAAGAAAAUCUAAACCCCAAAGAACCUUACAAGCCCCAGAACCAGCUUACAAAGCCCCUGAACCAGCUUACAAAGCCCCUGAACCAGCUUACAAAGCCCCUGAACCAGCUUACAAAGCCCCUGAACCAGCUUACAAAGCCCCAUACGCCUUACCCCAAAAAACCAAAACAAAGCCGCCUCCAGUGAACCCAGCUUUACAAAGACCCUGCCCCCUGAACCAGCUUAAACAAACAAUCCCCAGAAACCAGCUUUACAAAGCCCCAGACCAGCAGAACCAACUUACAAAGCCCCUGAAACAGAUUACAAAAAGGCACCUGUGUGAAACCCAGUACAAAUGCCCCAGAAACCAACUUACCAAAGCCCCAGACAGAAACCAGCUUACACAAAAGCCCAGCCAGAGAACGAAGAAGACCCAGAAGAACCCACAGCGUACCAAAAGCCCCCCUUUGCUGUGUUCUGAACCAGCUUAUAAAAAGCCCCAGAACUCAACUUACAAAGCCCCAGAACCUAGCUACCAAAGCCCUGAAACCCAGAUUUUAACAAAGCCCCAGAUAACAACUUACAAGCCCCAGAGAGAAGAACCAGCUUACAAGCCCCAGAACCAUGCAUACAAAGCCCCUGAACCAGCCUUACAAAGCCCAGAACCAGUCAGAACCGCUUACAAAGCUCCUGAACCAACUUAUAAAGCCCCUGAACCAGCAUACAAAUAUCCUGAACCAGCAUACAAAGCCCCUGAACCAGCAUACAAAGCCCCUGAACCAACUUAUAAAGCCCCUGAACCAGCAUACAAAGCCCCUGAACCAACUUAUAAAGCCCCUGAACCAGCAUACAAGGCACCAUCACAUUCACCAGGGUAUCAUGCCCCAAAACCAACCUAUAAACCUCCAGCAAAAGCUUAUACAUAUAAAGCCCCAGAAGCAGAGUAUAACGCACCAAAAGAUGACUACAAAGCUCCUGAUUAUUCCGAGCACCAUGAAAAGCACGGAUAUAAAAUUCAUGACCCAUCCUACUCUACAACUAUCAAUCCACAUUGGACCCCAAAGUACACCACUCCCUAUCCUGACUACGUAACAUUUGUCCCCCCUUAUGAUUUUAAACAUUAUAAAGAUAGCUGGCUAAGCAAAGUCCACAGUGAUGUUCAUGAAAUUCCUCAUGAGUAUGAUAUUGAAUACAAACAAGUUGGGGAUCAUCCACCAAAAAUAGCUACUUAUGGUGGCGUCCACAAUAAGAACCAUGAGCCUGGAUAUCACCCUGAUCCAACCAUUUAUCCAGCGCAAGAAUAUCCUGAGCCUGCAAAACCAGGUUAUGGUUAUGCCACACCAAAACCACAUUUUGAUCCUUAUAAAGCCCCUGAACCUGCAUACAAAGCCCCAGAACCAGAUUAUAAAGCUCCAGCUCCUGCCUACAAAGCCCCAGAACCAGAUUAUAAAGCUCCAGCUCCUGCCUACAAAGCCCCAGAACCAGAUUAUAAAGCUCCAGCUCCUGCCUACAAAGCCCCAGAACCAGAAUAUAAAGCUCCAGCUCCUGCCUGACAAAGCCCCAGAAACCAGGAAGUAUGAAGCCUCCUGCUCCUGCCUUACAAAGCCCCAGAACCAGAUUAUAAAGCUCCAGCUCCUGCUUACAAAGCCCCAGAACCAGAUUAUAAAGCUCCAGCUCCUGCUUACAAAGCCCCAGAACCAGAUUAUAAAGCUCCAGCUCCUGCCUACAAAGCCCCAGAACCAGAAUAUAAGGCCCCAGAUUAUAAAGACCCAGCUCCUACGUACAAAGCACCUGAACCAGAGUAUAAAGCACCAGCCCCAGCAUACAAAGCACCAGAACCUGAAUAUAAAGCUCCAGUUUACAAAGCACCAGAACCUGAAUAUAAAGCUCCAGCAUACAAAGCACCAGAACCUGAAUAUAAAGCUCCAGCAUACAAAGCACCAGAAGCAGAAUAUAAGGCCCCAGCUCCAGCAUACAAAGCACCAGAACCAGAAUAUAAAGCUCCAGCUCCAGCAUAUAAAGCACCAGAACCUGAAUAUAAGGCCCCAGAACCUGAAUACAAAGCCCCUGAACCUGAAUAUAAAGCCCCAGCUCCAGCAUACAAAGCCCCUGAACCUGAAUACAAAGCACCGACCCCAGACUACAAAGCCCCAGAACCUGAAUAUAAAGCCCCAGCUCCUGAUUACAAAGCUCCUGCUCAAGGUUAUGACUAUAAAGAACCAGAGAAUGCCUACAAAAUUCCCGAACAUACUACAGCGGGGAGUUAUCUACCCCCACCACCAGAGUAUGGCUCUACAGAGAAAGUGUACGGAGUGAAAGAUCCAGUGCCAGUUUAUGGGCCUCCGACAAUACCUCAUAGGAUCCUAGAUCCAUAUGCUGCAGAUUAUGACGAAAUUAUCUACGCACCUCGACGCCGAAGGCCUCUCAGGAGAAGGCGACCUGGUUACAGAUUGAGGCCUCGAUUCUACAGAGAGUCUCCCAAGGAGUAAUUCUUCCUUCCGAAAGUGAACUGAGUUUGCUACUUCAUUUCUCAUCUAAUUAUCACAAGGUCAUCUUCAGCAAGAACCAAGGAUCAUAUCGUCUUUCAAUCCCUUCCUGGUGCCAGCCGGCAGUUGACAGUUGUGUACUCAACUGCGCUUCCUUAUCAUAAUGUCGUCUGGAAGAAUUUCAAAUGGUUGAAUAUAUGGAUGGCAAUUUUUUUCUCUUAUAUAUACUAGUUUAUGUGUAAUUACUACAAUCAAGUCUUCAUUCUCGGAGUAGCUGCAUAAUUUUACUUAAAAUACUUGCCAAGUGCAUUUUCUUAUCAGGGCUAUAAGCAUAACUCUCUUGAAUGUUGUGAAGUAUUUAUUGUAAUUGUUUCAAACAUAUUUUUCUCCAAUGCCUUAAGUUAUACGUGCUUGUAAUAAUAUUCCAAUAUUUAUUAAUAAAUGUAUU